AUGUGGGAAAGUGAAGUCCAGGUUAAAUCGUUUGAAGACGAAACUGAAGUAGCUGAUCAUAUUUUGGAAGAUGAUGCUAAAACACAGAAGGAAGAUUUUACUACUUCACUAAAAUACAUAAAGGAAAAAUGCACCGAUGCAGAAGGUGAUAAUACCGGCAGGAAUUCAGCGCAAAAGAGUACAAAAACGGUUGCAGCUUUGAAGGACAUAAGAACAUCCAAGCGUGGAUCCAGCAGCAGUAAGGACGAACGCCAAUGCAGCAAGCCCGAUGACAAUAAAUCAAAGAGAAAAGAUGAAAAAUCCGGCGACAAAAAGGAUAAAGACAUUAGUGAACAAAAAUCAUCUUCAAACAAGACUUCGCAAAAGGAUGACAUAGUGAAUACAUCUACAAAAUUGUCAUCCACAUGA